AUGGGAUUUUUGAGUGGUGUUCUCAGCAACAUCAAAGAGCAUUUAGGGCAGCAUAAAGAGACUUUAAAUGAAACAAUUGACAUUCUUAACACCAAUAAACACGCCGGUAAAAACGGUUUUAAUGCUGCGAUUGGAAGGGUGGUCGCAGGGGUGCGGGGGUAUAAUGAGAAGGUGAGGGAGAGUAAUCAAGCUGUAAGAAAUGUCAUUGACACUUUCACACAACAAAUGAAAGAGAUCAAAGCAUCGGUAAGUGGAAUUAGUAUUAGUAAUGCUGUUGCAGGUGAAAUUAACAUGGCCGUGAGUCAAGUAGAUGCGCAUAUGCAGACAUGCCUCCAACAAGCGCAGUCAUACGAUGAUGGCAUGGCAGCUGAGAAGAAGAAUAUAGACGAUUUACAAACGGACUUGCAAACUAAAAUUAAUAAUGCUAGUGAUGCAAUUACAUAUCAGUAUUGGCGGCUUGGUGAAGUAUGGAAAAUAGAACAACUUCAUAUAAAGCAUGCCAGUGAGUUGAUAGAAACUCAACUGAAUGCUGCUAGAAAUACAAUAAAUGAGAUGGCCGUUGAGAACAUUAAAGCGUUCGUAAGCGUAAUAUGCGAGAAGAUAUCUGAAAUUAAACAGAAACUCUCAGAUAUAAAUGGGUUGUUGACACAUUAUGUCAAUGAACUUAACGAGUGGAUCACGAAAGCAGACAAGGUUGUCAUAGUUGCGUUAAAUAAAGUUGAACAAGUAUUGUGUGAAGCUACGGGCCAAUCUAAAACUCAAUAUGUAGAGAAACUCAAAGAGGCCGUUCUGACUUUGGAAAGAAAAGGAGUGGCUUUGUAUGAGGCUUAUGAGAUAGCUGAAAAAGCCCUGCCGCAUCUGAUAAAAAAUGUUAAAACUGCGGUUACAGGAUUAGAUGGAGUUAUCGUAAAAGGUCUGCAGAGAUUGGAAGGAGAAAUCAAAGAAAAGUUGAAGGAGUAUAUAGAGUGGGCUCGCGUGGAGUUUGAUGAAAUUAAGAGGAACACACUAGAGCAGACUUCUGGCGGUAGCGAUAAUAGUAUCCAACACAAUUUGGGUAUGCUGAAGAUUGUGGUUAAUGGACUUAUCAAAAAAAUUAAUGGGACUGGAGCAGGGAAAGAAAAAGGGCAUCCAAAGCAUGACGGCCUUGAAGGGAUAAAAGAACGAUUGAAGGAGUAUGCUCAAAAACUUACAACGGAUGCGUUUGCAAUAACGGUGGAGAGCUGGUUGAAUAAGAUUUUGGAAAAGAACGAUACAGUAAAUAUGCAUAUAGACUGGUACAUUCAGAGUAAUAACCUUAGUAGUGCGCAGCGUGGCAACGAAUUGGAACAGAAGCGGAAGGAAGUUAUCGCUGAUAUAAUACCGAAGAUAGUGAAACUUGUUAAAGAAGGUAACAUACAAAAACCAGCCGUCAGUGGAAACGUUGCUUCAAUGCUAUCAGAAAUUAAUAGGUUCCAUGAUGAAGUAGCUGCUGCAAUUGAGAAAGGCGUUAGUCCGGAUAAUGCAAAUGUUAUAGCUACAGAAGUUGAAAAAAAAUUUUUGACAUCACGAGCCUCCGCAGUUCAGUCUAAAGACUAUCUGCAAUCUGCUAUUCGAACUGCAUUAGCACAACUUAGUCUCGUAGUGAGAAAAUCGGCAGAUGAGAUCAAGGCAUUCACCACCGAAAACCAUAGCAACGGUAUAGUUGCCUACAACUUAGGAAAAAAUGUAGACGACGCUAUAAGCAAAGCUAAUGAAAUAUGGACUGAACUUACGGAUGAUGCGAAAUACGGAGGAAAGCUACGCACGGCGUUGUUAACCGUAAAGGAUAAGAUCAAGCAGCUUGACAAAAUUUUAACAACCGAGGAAGUUGAUAAUGACAUCGAAGUAAUCAUGAUGGAUUACCUGAAAGCCGAUAGGCAGAAGUUGAAGACAAAAAUGACGGAUUAUAAUAUAUAUGUUGAAAGUAACGGUACGCUUGGCAAGGCUAUUAGACAAGUUCAUGAAAAGGCGUUAGACGCAUUCAUUGUUCCGGUAAACGUAAAACAAAUUAAUAUUUCUACGAUAAAAUCUACAGCACAGCUAAUUACGACUCACAUCACAAACUUCUGUGACACCAUAAGAAACGCCGCUGACGCCGAUCACAAUAGUGCUAAGGCGAAGUUAUUAGAGUUGAGAAGAAUGCUUGCUAAAGGAAAUACCGAAUUGCCAGGUGGUCUAGAGGAAUUUCACUCACUGAUGUAUGAGUUGCAAACCAAACACAUACGCCCUCGUGUUGACGAAGCUCAAGAAAUUGUUAACGAUGCCGGUAGAUACGGUAACAUUAUAAUCGAGCAACUCUCCGAGAAAAUCACUGAACAAUUUGACAGAGCCAUGUCCAGCAUAACCAACCACCUGAAAUUGAGAUACGCCAAAUUUAUUGCAUCCCAACUUGUGGAAUUCGCCGACAAAGUCAACAAGGAACUCGAACAUCUGCCUGCACAAAUCGCAGACGAUGCAAACAAAUGCUACAAGGGAUUCAUGAAGGAGUUGUAUGAUAAAGCAGUCUUGCAUCUCAAUGCAGCAUCACAGCGCACUGAUGUUCUGCUUGACUUUUCAUCCGACGUUAACAUCUUCUUUAGCGCUUUGUUUGCCACACUUGACACUAACACUCAAAUCAUGCCUGAACCUGUUAAAAUCACAGAACUUCUCCAAUCGUUUGGUGCAUUAUUUACAGGAUUAUCCCGUUUCAACCGCCCCUUCCUCUCCAACCUCUCCUCCCUUUCCUCCCUCCUCGCAACCAUCCGCCCCGCAUCCUACGCCGACGCUAGCAACCCCCUGCUCGAGUGUCUUAGAAAGGGCGUGCAGAGGAUGCACGGUGAGCUGGAAAAGGCGUACGUGAGCGUGUAUGAUAGUGAGACCUUCUACGGUGAGCUAGUAAAAAACCUUCAACACGUCUCCAGCACUAGUGACGUUAACAUGAAAUAUGAUCUGACUGACGAAGGCACCAGGUUGUCUAAGGUGUUCCUCACGGUGCUCCGCACCUUGGACGUUUCGCUGCAUACGUUGAAAUCUAACUGCAAGAGUUUGCCAAAGAAACGAAUCAACAGAGAUACUGACAUUGGCGAUCUGUUAGCCGAGCAAGGUUACAAAGUGUCGGAUAACGGGGAGCAAAAUGGCGAGCUGCAAGACAGAAGUGAUAUGACCGGCGAGCAUAUCCUAGGCCGACUUAUCGGUCGCAGUGGGAAAGUGUACAGCAGCCACGAUGAUGCAAGAGAGAAAGGACCACUUAAUACGCUUUCUAGUUACCUUAAGCAGUACUACGACGUCUGCCACCAAGCACUCCGGCCCAAAUCACGUCUGCCGUGUAAUGUUCAUGAAAUGCUUGUAUGGUUCACCGGCCUCCCACAUCACCCCGUUUACGAGGAGCUGUUACAGAACGGCCUCAGUGCGCCGUUUGAGAAUCCAUCUAAGCAGAGAGUUGUGGACGAUGACGGCCUUGAGCUGACGUUAACAGACACGCGGGUGGAAUCCAUAACGGCACAUCCGAGCAACAUUACGUACAACAGCGUGAACACAGCGUUGCAACAUCUGUGUACGAAAUCGUAUGAUCUGCUCACCACCGUCAUGGGCCACGGCAACGCCGAGACAGUGUACGCGGUCGACUUCCACACAAACUACUUCAACCUCAAAUAUCCCACUUCCGGUGAGGAAUGUCUGCAAACCAUUCUCGAUAUUCUGCGUCGUAUGUUGCCGCCACUGAGAUACUUGUAUUACCAAUGCAGUCUAGGCACAAACCACGGUGGAUGGGCGCAAUGCCUAUACGGCAGAGAUAUCAAGACGAACAAAUGGCCAUGCAAAAAUCACUCAACGGAUGAACCAAAAUGCCAACCAAACGACAAAGUAACGUGCCGACCAAAUUGUCAACCAACGUCUCCAUUAAUGUCGUAUCUGGGUGACUGUCUAACUGGUCACUUGCCUCACAAGCUGACUUCCAUCGGCUGCCGGUCCGUUUGCUCAACGUGUCCAUCUGUCGCUAAACUCGGAAUGCCAUGCGUCACUCCCCUCGGUUUCAGGGCGUUCUCGGGAUCUACCAAAACUGGUAGAGAUAUAUAUGAGAUUUUGAAACUGCUGUUUGGUAGCGGCCUAGUGUCGUCCCUUUUGUGCCUUGUACCCAGCCCGCCGAGCACGCUGCCUGAGCACUUCCAGUUUGCGUUGGCGUUAACUCAUGUAUUGCAUAAUACGAAAAAUGCAACUGCGCAGGACGUUACGACAGCUUUUAACACAUCAAUCAACGCGGUGUCCAUCGACCUGUAUAAAGACUCAAACAAACUUACAAGUGCGCUUGAUGCCGCGUAUGGUAGCAACCAGAGUAGUCAUGAUAAAAGUAAGCAUAACCCCAAAUCGGCUGAUAUGUCAAGCCUCUCAAUGGACGAGUCAUGUAUGCUUGCUAACGAAGACAACGUUAACUGCGGGCCUUACCUUCAGACUCUAUUUUGCGACUCGUAUCACUAUCUGGCAAAGAAGCAUUGCAACCUCUACCUAUCAUGGGCCGUGUAUUUACCAUGGUCUUUGUAUAGCUAUCUGAAAUCAUUGUUCGAUUCGCAUAGCAGUAUCUCUUGUCAAGAUUGGGGAUGCAGCAGAUGUGUCGACGGCAUUUCUUGUAGACCGGGCAAACACGGCGAUAUAUACAGCUGUCGGUGCCGAUCGCUGGUGGGAUGCCGUGGUGUGCUGAGCACUUUAUACAACUACGGCUUCACAUUUGGCGACGCCGAAAAAUUGUUGUCUGAUGAUCAAAGAAGAUACUGCCGUAACCUCUACGCGCAAUUACAGAACGUACUAACAUCGCAACACUUCACCAAAUUAUUUGAAGAAUGUGACAACUUCAUUUGGACCAUCAGACAACCGUUCACCUACUUGGUUCUCGCACUCUGGUCACUCUCCCUCUUCUACCUCAUCUGCGUAAUGGUUGGCAGACUGGAUGUGCUCCACAUACGCUCACACCUGAGGAUACCGUCGUCGCACAAGAUAACGGCGCAGUCAUUGUUGGCGGCGGCGCAAGUCGGAAGGCUUGCCAAGAUAUCGUAUCUACAACCGUGA